UGUAAGUAACCCAGGCAGUCAGACAUGUCGAUCCAGCUAUAACCUGAAUACAAAGAGUUUAGUUCAAACUAGGCAUAGUGAAACAACCUCUACUGUGUUUCCUGUCCUGUGUGCUGUUGUGAACCAUCUGUGACUUUCAGAAGCUGUCAUGAAAUCCAGUGGCUCUCUGUUCACAAGGCAGAAUCCCUUCCAACCAGCAUCCAGAGUGGGAAAGGCACACUACCACCCAUCCUGCAACCAGUCCCUCUCAAAAAAACAGAAGAAAACAACUUUAAGUCCAGUACAUUCAAACCCGCAAUCCAGUCCACAACUACACUCUCUGAGUCCAGAGAACCAACAGCCAUCUAACAGAUGUGACCCCCAUUUUGCUGCACCAGAUGGACAACAUCUUUUUUCAGAGUCCUGGCCUACUACUGACUGCAGAUCUUCUCCUGCAACAUCAUCUGACAUGGAGAUACCUGAACAGUCUGCAAGGGCAGGGAAAUCCACCACUUCCUCUGAACUGGGAGUUCAGCAGGAUUCAGUACUGGCAAAAUACAUAGAACGUUUUCGUCACGGUCGACCACAGAGUCGAGAGGCGCGCCAGCAAAUGGCUUCUGCAAUCGGAGAGGAGCAGCUGCCUUUUUGGUGGAUGUCACCAUCAUCUUUACCUCCCAGUUCAACACCAACUAAAACAGCAGACACAGAUCUGAGAGAUGAUCACAUGCCUGCCAUUUUCAGUCCAGCUGGACAGCAUCGACGUGACAGAUCCCCUUCCCCAUGCAGAGGAUCUCUUAGUAUUUUGUCAGACACCUCCCUGGGUGAAUUUGAUGACACAGAGAUACUACACCUUCAGGAGAGGGCCAGCAGACUUCUGCUGAGAGAGUAUGAAGACCAUGCAUGCAUUCUGAGUGAUGGAUCUAUCCCUGUCAGCUCAGAGGGCCUGGGGUGCUCAGAUUUCUCUUCUCCAGUCAGCAUAGAUGAGCCAGUGCGACGACCUUUGAUUCCUAGUUUAAUAAAAUCUACUACAGUGCAGGCCAGAUCCAGAUCCAACUCUGCUCAAAAAUCUGUCCUUCCUUCUUUGGUGCCUCCCACACGUCCGGAAGAGGACAUCUUGUUCCAGUGGCGUUUAAGGAGAAAGAUGGAGCAGGCCAGAGAGUGGCCUCAGCCCCUGAACCACUCCAGUCAUCAGUCUACCGCCUUUAGCUGGCAGGCACCCAGUUUAAGCCAUCCCUCAACUGCUGGACAGGCUUACAAGCAACAACAGAGCACUCCACCUCCUGAACUCACACAAAGAAAUACUCAUCCACACGUCAUUGCACCCCAGCCAGAAGUCAAAGAAGCGCACAGAUCAUGUCCCCCAGCAUCAGGUCCACCUCCCUCUCCUGUCUAUGUUGUCUCUGGCUCUUCUGUCUCUCAACCCCAGAGUGUUGCCCAUGUUCCUGCCCAUACGCAUUUACUCUGUGAUGUCUUACCCUGUCCCAUCCAGUCAUCUCAUGCUCGUGCACAACAGAACAUUUCACAGAGGUUAGACGAGUCCCACACCAAAGUUGUCAGUAAAAAGACCCAAAUCCCUGGUAACUCAGCAGAUAUCAUGACUGAUGAACCUAUUCGUGAACAUAUAUCAUCCUCAACAUGUGCUUCAUCUGGAGCUAUAGAAGAAGAGUGGCCUCUUCACAACAGAAGGUUUGAGAGUAACAAGAAAGAGAAAGCUCAGAGAAAAGAGUCAGAGAAGACAGAGAAGAAGACGGCAACGUCCAUCAGAAGACAAAAGAAAUCAACAAGAUAUACUGUGGACAAGCAACAUACGGAUGGCCCCAGCUGUACAAAGAGGAGCUCUCCACGUCAAAGACUUCCAAAAAAGGUCAUGCCAUUGGCUGAACAGCAGCAACAGGAGGGAAGCCAGAGCUUUUCCAGUGAGAGCUGUACUGGUGAUUAUGCACCACCACCUUCUCCAAUCCACAGUGCCUUAGGACAGGUAGUUUCAGAGGUAUUAUUCUCUACGGUGGAUUCAUCACCUGCUCAGAGGUCCCCCGUCACUUUGGCUUCUCCUCCUUGUGCUGCCUCUGCCUCUGCACCUCCACAAUCCACAGUUCCUCCGUGUAAUACACAGAACUCUAUGGAGGUUAUUUCACAGCUGCUGCAAGAGGCUGAAGAUUCAGAUGAAAAGGAGUUUGAUGACGACCCUUUGUUACAAGUCCUCCGGAAACAGAGAAAAUGGGUAAAGGAGCAAAUCAGUGAAGUGGACUCUAUGUUGAAUGAAGUCGUGGAUGAACAACAAGAUACUUGAACACCGGCAAGAGGCACAUGAUGCAGUCACUUUUUUUUAUUUUUAUAAAAGAAAUAAAGUUUAUUUGUACUUUUUUUGAAGAAAUAUUUCCACAUUAAAGAGUUUGGAGAUAA